AAUAAAUAAGGGCAAUGCAUAAAGUUCCUAAAUAAAGCGCAUGUUUUUUUACAAGAAAUACAUAGGUACACAAUUGGAAUACCAGACUUACUAAUCGUAAGAAAGGUUAGUAUACAAUACAUUUCAGUAAGCUAAAAUUAAUUUUACUAUUAUGUGUAUAGAGAUCGUGUCUCUGUCCGGUCCUGCAUUUUAUUCUCGGGCUUAUACACAUAAACAAUUUUCUCAUAAUGUACAAAUACACAAAUAGUCACACACGCACACAUACAGACAUAUCAUAUGUCUAUAGUAUGCAGUACAUAUAUAUGUAUAUGUAUACGUAUCUUUGGCUGGUAUUUGUGCUGCACUAAUGUGUGGGUCCGUCUGGUACUUACCCAGGGACAUUACAGGAAGAAAAGAGUUUCGUCAUUUAGUUUCGAUGAGAGAGAAUAUGAGAGGACGUACCCCGGAGUUUCGGUAAAAAUUAACGAAAUAAGUUCGUUUUUUUUCAAGUUAUUAUCCCUGUCUGUGGAUAUUACAUAUAAUAUUUGGUUAAUAAAGUUCGCGCACACGGCAGAGUUUCAGGUUCGUGAGUGCUAUUUUUAAAUUUUGCUGUAUAGUACUACGAUAUCGCAAAGUGUUAUUUUAAAAUUCAGUUUCUGUGUUACUGUGGUCAUCAAUAACGUAACAUCAUAUUUAACUACCGUUUAUAAUUUUUUUUUUAUUUAAAUAUAUCGUUUAAUACAGAUAUGUAGGCCCAUCAUAAUGUGAUAUUGAACGAUUGUGGAGAAAUUUUGGUAAACUGAAAUUUUUAAAGUUAUGUAAAUAUGUCCCCAACUGCAGCAAUGGUCUCCCAACCGUCCUCAAUAUCUUCAUUAUUUGUUCCGAAACGUCAAAGUUUUUCAACAGGGUCGGUGACCUCGAUAUACUCUUCCUACCCCUCAUCUAACUGCUAUCAAUACCUGACGUUCGAUCAGAAUCAAAAAGCGACAGAACAACAGUCGAAGUUGUUAUCGUCACCUUGGGGACCGUUUCCUAAUACGUCGGCCGAAUAUUCUUACAAUCCAUUCUACAGCAGUACCACCUAUGCGGCUACCAAUAUAAGCGACUCCCUUAUAGACCCCCUUAGUGGUCAGUUGGCGGAGUUGACCCUUUUCGACAGGCGCAGUUUUAAAAGACCUCCACCGACUUAUUUGUGUCAUCUGUGCUUUCAAAAAGGACACUACAUCAAGGAUUGUCCUUUGGCUCGACCAAAAGGAGAAGGGAAAACCCCUUACCAGGGGAGAAAACGCUGUUUCGGGGAGUACAAAUGUCCGAAAUGUAAGAGAAAAUGGAUGUCGGGGAAUUCCUGGUCGAAUAUGGGCCAGGAAUGUAUAAAAUGUCACAUAAAUGUUUUUCCUCAUAAGCAGAGACCAUUGGAAAAACCCGAUGGUUUAGAUGUUUCCGACCAAUCCAAAGUCCACCCUCAACAUUUAUGCCAAAAAUGUAAGGAAUUAGGAUAUUAUUGUCGAAGGGUGCAGUGAAAUACUUUACCAAAAACGAACAUUUUUAUUUUUGUCUUUUCCUUUUUUAUUAUUAUUUUUUUAUAUCGUUGAAAGUAUCUACGUGUCUGAUUCAAGGUACAAGAUUUUUAAUAUAACGGUGUACCUACUUACAAUUAUAAUGAUACUUCUUAUAUAUCUCACAAGUGAUGAUAUUGUCAUGAAAAGUUGUUUUUUAUCACUGAAGUUUAUUUUUUGUUUGCGAUUUAAAUUCAUUCCAAGAAAUUAGGAAUUAAUGCGCCUUACGUAAAUUGGAUCAAUUAAUAAGUCGCAAGUAUAUUAUUUACAGCAUUUUAUUUUGCAGUAUUUUUUAUUUUAUAAUGUGAAUUGUCGAUUCUUUUUUAUUUGUAUCAAAUCAUAUUGGUUAAUUUAUCGAUUUUGUUGAAGAUUUUUAUCCAUAAUCAAUCCUUACAUUAACUAAUUCUGUAAUACGCUUUCUUAAAGUUCCUAGAUUGCUAUUUAAAUAACUAUUAUUAUUGUU